AUGAACCGAUCACUGACAUGCAUACGGUGUCAGGGUUUGAAGCUCAAGGCACGGCCUCUCUGUGUGCGGACAUUUGCAGAAUACAAGAGACCCGCCAUUGCGCCCAAGCCCAUCAUCGACAUCAAGCAUAUCCGUCAAAACCCAGAGCUAUAUGAGCUCACAUGCCUGGAACGGAACUACAAAAAGCAAGCAGAAUACCCGGCCAAGAUCCUGGAACUGCAUUCCCAAUGGCAGAGCUUGCAAAAGCAGGGGCGGUCACUCCGCGAGAGAUCCAACUUGCUGCGGAAAUUUCUGGCAAAUCCAGCUACCAGCAGCGGUGACGAUGAUGUCAAGGACAUUCGGCAAAUGAGCCGGGAGCAGGUACAAGAAGAGGCGAGGAAGUUAAAGGGCGAAUUAUCGGGCAUUGAAAAGGGCGAAGCGGAAGCUGUGGCAGAGAUGGAGGCACUUGCGUUGGAGAUUCCCAACCUGACGAGUGACGAUACUCCCCGAGGGGAUGAAGCCAUUCUUUUGAGUUAUAUCAACGAUGCGCCUACGGCUUUUGAUAAGUCACCCGAGAAUAAGGUCUGGCGGUCACACGUCCACAUUGGUUCGGAGCUGGGACUAUUCGACUUUUCAGGUGCGGCCACCGCCUCCGGCUGGGGGUGGUACUACCUCCUCGGGGAGGCAGCUCAGCUCGAGCAAGCCCUCGUUCAAUAUGCGCUCGCCGUAGCCACCAAGUACGGCUGGACGCAAGUCUCGCCGCCGACAAUGGUAUACAGCCACAUUGGAGCGGCGUGCGGGUUCCAGCCGCGGGAUCAACAUGGCGAGCAGCAAGUCUACACGAUAGCCCAGUCACAGGUCGAUUCGGAUCGCGGCGUGCCGGAAAUGUGUCUGGCUGGAACGUCUGAAAUCUCUCUUGCGGGCAUGAAGGCCAACACCACCAUUGAUCCGGAGGAACUGCCCAUGAAGCGCGUGGCCGUGUCUCGAUGCUACCGCGCCGAAGCAGGAGCCCGUGGCGCCGACACAAAGGGCCUCUAUCGCGUUCACGAAUUCACAAAGGUCGAAAUGUUUGCGUGGACAAGCCCCAACGAAGGCGAGGCAGAGGAAAUCUAUGAAGAAAUGCUGGAUAUUCAGACGGAGAUUCUGCAGUCGCUGGGGCUUUACUGUCGCGUGCUGGCGAUGCCGACGACUGAUCUCGGCGCCUCUGCCACGCGGAAGGUCGACAUGGAGGCAUGGUUCCCCAGUCGACAGAGCAUCAAUGACGGCUGGGGCGAGUUGACGUCGGCGAGCAUGUGUACGGACUAUCAGGCACGACGGCUGGCAACACGCACGCGGGUAGGCGGCAAGAUUUCCUUCCCGUGGACGUCUAACGGGACGGCGCUGGCGGUGCCGCGUGUCAUGGCGGCAUUGUUGGAAAACGGGUGGGAUGAGGAGACGGGCACGGUGGCAAUUCCCGAGGUGCUGCGGCCGUGGAUGGAUGGACUGGAGAGGAUGGGGAGGGUGGGCAGGAGGCGGAAUGCGAGGGAGGUGACGUUUAAGCAGACGGAUGGUCAUGUUGAGGAGGCGUAG